CUGCAUCAAAAAGCCCUUCCAGACUACUGUCUAUUUCAACAUCAGUGGUAGCUGACGAAAAACAUAUUUUAAGCUGUGAAAAAGCGCUCCCUCAAAAUCUACUUAUCCUUGAUUAUUCUUUUUCCUAAAGCAAGUAAAUAUUUACAUCCUGAAACACCGUCACUUAAUAACAGCAGCCCCUAUACGUCACCAUUAUUUUCUUCCUUCCCUAGUUUGCCUCCUUCUCCUAACCUACCACCGCCCCAGAAUGGCAACAGUGUUUUCCACAGGUGUUCCCCAACUCCUUGUCUCUCUGUUGCCUCUCCACAACAUUGUUGCUUCUUCCUAAAACUCUUCAGAUUUCAGGCAGGGAAAAACACUCAAAAGACUUUGAAUAAUGGAAAUUCUUGCCUCUUCUUCCCCCCCACCCCCUGAAGCUAUCUGAAGCACCUAAUGUUAUUUGUACUUGGUGACAGGUUUGUGGAUAAAAACACUGACAAUGGCAGACAGCAAUGAGAUGACCAUCAACCUUGUUGUGCUUGGAAAGACUCAGAGUGGCAAAAGUGCUGCUGGGAACAGCCUGCUGGGCAGUGCAGACUUCGAGAGCCGUCUGUGCCCCAGCUCUGUGACCACGCGCUGCAGCCUGGGACGCAGCGCCCGCGUUUCGGGGCUCAUGCGGAGGAACGGCCGCGAGUCAGCGCUGCGCGUCCGAGUGCUGGACACCCCCAGCUACCCUCACAGUGCUCUGAGCAAACAGCAAGUGAGGGACACCGUCAGAGCAGCCCUGGCUCAGCACUUCGGGGAGCAAGGCCUGCACUUGGCCCUCUUGGUCCUCAGGGCUGACCUGCCUCUGUGUCCAGAUGAAAACCGUGACACAGUUCAGCUCAUCCAGGAACUUCUGGGUCCCACGUGGAAGGAUUUCACUGCAGUCCUACUUACUCAUGCCGACAAGGCAGGAGAGGCUGGAUACAGUGAGGAAACAUAUUUGCAGAGCGCCUCAAGUACCCUGUUGUCACUUUUGAGCUCGGUACAGCAUAAAUACAUCUUCCUAGACAACCACAACAGCAUAAUCAGAGAGGAAAGAAAUAUUAUCUUAAGAAAGCUCUUGAAUUUCAUACAAAGAAAUAAUUAUCAAGUACUACUUAAACACAGCAAGGAAUAAAAUUAGCUUUAAGGUGCUCACUUGGCUAUUUUCUACAGUAGGUAGCAUCUAAUAGAAAUAAAACAGUAAAAGCCAUCAACUGAAAAACUCCACAUCCAUACCAAACAUCUUUGAACACACAACUACAAAUCUCUUUAGCCUAUCAAACUACUUGCCUUCCACAGAGGACCUCACACUACUGCAUUCAAAAUCUAGAUUCAGCCACAAAAUCAGAACAAGCUAGUGAUCCAAAAUCGUGCUCCUAAUGUGUGUGUAGUUACAAAUGGGAUUUUGCACUACACCAGACUGUAUAUUCCAGUUUACACAGAAUACAGAUCUGGAAAAAGAAA